ACGGAGGUUUUUGUUCCUCGAGAAACCAAAAAGUUUCGAUUUUUAUUUUUUAAUUUCUUCCCUUCCCCCUUCGCCUUUCCUACGAUUCUGAAAAUCUCUCUAAUUCAAUCUCUUAAUCAGAAUCGUAGCAAUGGCGUUCCUUUUGAUCCUACAAUCUCACAUUUGUUGAAAAAAGGAAUAAUCUUUACCAAUCCUCGUCGCCUCCGAUCUCAAAUUUCGUUCUUUUAUGUUUCAACUCCGACCAUAGAACAAACCAGGGGAAAAAAGAUCUUGUCUUUAUCCCGAAGAUUCAGCAUUGUGUUUUUUUGAGUUAGAGAGUCAUCAGAUUGGUGUUUGACCCAAUUGAAAGCAAAGAUGGUAAAAGUUUGGUUCUUUUUGGAGAAGGUGAGAAGAUGCUUGCGGACACUGUUCUUCUUAGUUGCAAUGUUGGCUUCUCUGCUAGUUUCUUCGUUACCUUUGCUUGUAGCUAUAGGAGAUGUGCUGGUUCCGAGCUUCUUGUUGUCUAGCUUUACCUGUGUGACUUGCUACAACGCUAAGGAGCAUCUGAGUCGAUACGGUUUCAAGAGAUCGUUAACUGAUAUUCCUCUUGUCUCCGUUAUCAGAUCUUUCCUUGUCAUCUGUAUUUAUUCACUUUCGGACGUUCCUGCACUCUCGCACGGUCCUUACCUUGGAACUGUAUCUCUGUGCUGUGUAGUUUCAGUUCUACUUCUUUCAGUUAAAGCUUGUCUUUUCACUGUGGCUUCUCAACUCAACAACGAAGCUUCUUUCUCUCCAUCUAGGCACCGGCUUCACCUGAAGAAGUCAUGGGGGAUGCCGGUUUUAUUCCUUUCGUCUGUGGUGUUUGCGCUUGGUCAUACGGUUGUAGCAUACGUCACAAGUUGUAGAGCUAGGAGGAAAAUUUUGUAUCACAGAGUUGACCCUGAAGCUGUUCUUUUAUGCAAGAGCAUAUUCUCAAGCCACCAGAAAGUCCCACGGUCCCCUGUUCCUUUGGUUGGAAAGGCCUCCAAGUUUGAUGUAGAAGGAAGGAGAAAGCCUAUGUCUCAGGACGGAGGAGAGCUUCCAGUGAGUUUGCUUGCUGAUACUGACAGUUUGUUCAUCAAAAUACGAGGUCUCACUGUGCAUUACAAGCUUUGUUCACCUGGUUCACCAGGGCAGUCUAUCUCCUCCAAUGUUCUUGAAGCUAAUUCUAGUUACAGCACGCCGGAGGCAAUGGCUGGAAGGUUCAAGUUUGACAGGAAAGUGCUGAGCAUGGCUGAGAAAAGCCAGCAUCAUCAUCAUUACCACAGGAGCUACAGCAGCGUGUUUAACAAUUCUUCCUUGCACGACCCUCUUCUUGAUUGUUCUCCUUCUCCUCUUAUUUUUAAAGAAAUUCCGGAAAGAACACGUCAAGAGGAAGACAUGAUGAAUGUGUUCAAUUUUGAGGCUGAGGAGAAAGUAGGCAUGAAUGAAAGUGGUCAGUUUGGUGUGGUUUUGGUUCAUGGAUUUGGGGGAGGAGUGUUUUCCUGGAGGCAUGUGAUGUCUCCACUGGCUAAUGAGCUUGGCUGUGUUGUCACUGCAUUUGAUAGGCCUGGUUGGGGAUUAACAGCCAGGCCACAUAUAAAUGAUUUGGAAGAAAGACAGCUUCUCAAUCCUUACACACUUGAAAAUCAGGUAGAGAUGCUUCUUGCUUUCUGUCAUGAGAUGGGAUUCUCUUCAGUAGUAUUUGUUGGUCAUGAUGAUGGAGGUCUGCUUGCUCUGAAAGCUGCACAAAGAUUAAUGACAAUAAAUGAUCCAAUCAAAGUUGUGGUCAGAGGAGUGGUUUUGCUUAAUGUAAGCUUGUCAAGGGAAGUCGUUCCAGCUUUUGCAAGAAUACUUCUGCACACAUCACUACGGAAGAAGCACCUAGUUCGCCCUCUGUUACGCACUGAGAUAGCUCAAGUGGUGAAUCGUCGCGCUUGGUAUGAUCCUGCAAAGAUGACAACAGACGUCCUCAGGCUAUACAAGGCCCCGCUACACGUAGAAGGCUGGGACGAGGCGCUUCAUGAGAUAGGCAGACUCUCAUCUGAAACGGUGCUUGCGCCUCAAAAUGCAGCUUCGCUUCUUAAGGCUGUGGAAAACCUGCCUGUACUAGUCAUUGCUGGAGCUGAAGACGCCCUUGUUCCAUUGAAGUCAUCCCAAGCAAUGGCGUCUAAACUCCUAAACUCUAGACUAGUAGCAGUCUCAGGAUGUGGGCAUCUACCACACGAGGAGUGUCCCAAGGCCCUUCUUGCAGCCAUGUCCCCUUUCAUCACUAGACUUUUACUCAGGCCAGAUCUCCAGAGUCAAUAGCCUAAUCACUUCCUUUUUUGGUCGUCCUCUUAUUAGCUUACAACCAAUUAGUGGAGGCCCAAAGUUUUGAGGUCCUGUUAGGUGAAUUCAUCAUAGGAUUUGUUGUAACCUUUCGCUUCUCUUCUGUGUUCUUUGAGCGUGUUUCUUUCAUGAACAUGAGUGUGGCACACAAUCGUGCAAGUCUCUGUAAAUUAUUCUGUUUGGAAUAUAAUGUAAAAUGCUUUUGUUUGCAUUCAC